AUGGCGUCGUCCAAGCCUUCGUUCCCCUUCCCCGUCCCGGCCCCCGACCCGUCCGACGAGGUCGUGCGCGAGUUCGGCCCGCUGCUCCGGAUCUACAAGAGCGGCCGCAUCGAGCGGCCCCUGGUGGCCCCGCCCGUGGAUCCCGGCCACGACGCCGCCACGGGCGUCCACGCCAAGGCCAAGCUGCCCGUCGUCGUGUACGUCCACGGCGGCGGCUUCGUGGCCGAGUCCGCCGCGUCGCCCAGCUACCACCUCUUCCUCAACAGGCUGGCCGCCGCCGUCCCCGCGCUCGUCGUGUUCGUCGACUACCGCCUGGCGCCCGAGCACCCGCUCCCCGCGGGGUACGACGACUGCCUCGCCACGCUCAAGUGGGCGCUCUCUGCCGCCGACCCCUGGGUCGCCGCCCACGGGGACCUCGCCCGCGUCUUCGUCGCCGGGGACAGCGCCGGCGGCAACAUCUGCCACCACCUCACCAUCCACCCGGACAUCGUCGUCGGCGUCCAGCAGGAGUCCCGCCCGCCGCCGCCGCCGCCGCCGCUCAUCCACGAGGCCGUGGGCGAGGAGCCCGCGGACCCCACCGUGCGCUCCAUGGGCGUGGGGCUCUGGUUCCUCGCGUGCCCCGAGACCAGCGGUAUGGACGACCCGCGGAUGAACCCCAUGGCGCUCGCAGCGCCGAGGCUCCACACGCUGGCGUGCGACCGCGUCAUGAUGGGAAUGGACGGCCAGAUUUCCAGAACCGUAGAGAGAAGUUCUCUGCCAACUGCAGAGGAUCUCAUUCCCCAGAUGAAGCUUGGCAAACGAUGCCAGCAGGUCUUCUUUGAGACGAAGACCGCGCCAGAGAUCUGA